GGGGGAAGGGGUCCAUCUGAAGAUCCAAAACAAAAUGGAAAUAAUGAAUGUGAUCCAAAACAUCCACCACCACUACAAGCUUCCAAAAUGGCUUCACAUGAUGGAGGACUCUUAUUGUUCUAUUUUAUUAGGACAUUAAAACACAAUCCUCCGCACACACAACACCCUCCAUACACUCUGCAGACAUUAGUUGUUGAGGUAGACUAGUAAAUUGGCUUUUUUGGGAACUUAAUUAUAAUUAUAUGUCGAGGGGAGAAAAAAAGAAUGAAUUGAAUGAUGCAAAGAUGAAAAUGGGUGAGGAGUUAGGAAGAAGGGUUGUGAUGGCGUUAUUAGUAGCAGGUUGUUUGUGGGUAUUAUUAACAUGGGGGGUGGUUGGGGGAGGAGUUGAAGCAGUUAGAACCAUCAACGUUGGGAGUAGUGCUCCUCACAUCACUGUAAUGGGUAUGGUUUACUGUGACAUUUGCUACAACAAUUCCUUCUCCACCCACAGCUUUUUCUUGCCAGGGGUGGAAGUGAGAAUAGAUUGCAAAUUCAAGGCACAUUCUGCCACAACUUCCGAAGACAUCACGUUUUCAGUGAACCGAAGCACCAACAGGUAUGGAAUUUACAAGCUCCAAAUCGGGUCCGUGGAUGGGGUCAAUUGUGCCGCCGGCUUCGGCAACUCCUGCCGCGCUACUCUACUCUCCCCCUCCACCGCCGCCGCCGCUUGCAGUGUCCCCGGUUCCACCACCACCUCCGAUGAAAUUACCAUCGAAUCCACACUCUCCAACACUUGCAUUUAUAGCCUCACCGCUUUGAACUAUAGACCUCCGUCUCUAAACCUCACCCUCUGUCCUCCUCCCUACUAGCUACUAGCUACCUACCACCACUUUCUACUUUUCUUUUCUUUUCUUUUUUGUAUCGAGUGGUAUUUGUACUGUUAUUAUUAAUUCGUUAUUAUUAUCGAUACAUUGCUAUCUAUAUAUUACAAUGAGCCAAUGACCCC